GGCCACUGUGAUGCGUUGGUGACGCACGUUCCGGGGUUUUUAAUAAUCCGCAGCAGCAGUUCAGCCGUCAAUGAGACGAGACAAGAGGAGAGGAGGGGAGAUUGAAGUGCGGUAUUGCCGAGAAGGGCAUAUUAUAAGGGCAUAGCAUAAAAUUGAGACAAAAAGACAACUACUGUUUUUUAGGUAAAUACAGAAUACAAAAAAGAAAGCGAACGAAACCCCUUCCUCUCUCGUAAACAAAAAAGUAUUUAUUGUAAAAUAAUAAAUAAAUCAAUUUAAAUUCAUCUUUGUUAACCUUUUUUUUUAUCAUAAUAAAUGGGGGAUUACGGGUUCGGCUUGUUACAGACAGCAAACAUCCCCAAUAACAGCACCACAAUCUUCGGCGGAGGCGCUUUUGCAAGAGCGCACACGACACCUACACUGGCUUGUUCUACUCAGUUUUCUUUAUCGCCCAGCAGCUUCUCGAUUUCCAGCAGCAGCAGCAGCAGCAGCAGCAACGUCGGUGUGUCCUCUCUGUUCCUGUCAGCUGCUGCGCGUCAGCAAAACAUGCAGGAUGAGCUGCUGCUUGGGGUGACAACAACGCAGCAACACCACUGUCUACCAUCAGAGAGAAACAGCAGCAACAACAUCCACAACAAGACUGGUCAGCCCACAAACAACGACCCCGACUUUGGCAAGCAACUGGAUCAGCAAACCCGGCUGGAGUUCAACCAUCUAAACCAACAGCAGUUGUCCGAGUUCAAACCCUCUGCAAAUUCUGAGAAAUUCGGACAGCAAAUUAAUAACCUGCAGCAAGAGCUGAAGAAACACUGUCAGCAGUUAAAUCACCAUCAGGCAGAGUUUGGCAAGAAACAGCAACCCCCUCCACCGCCACCACGGCAGGGUGAAUUCAGGCAGCAGUACCAAGCCCUGAACCGACAACAGGAUUCCCCGAAACUGGAUCAAGGCAACUGCGAAAAGAGCUUGGAGAGUCCUAUUAAAAGCAGGUCCCCAGUGGCUGAAGAGAUAGUGGUUUCUGAAGCUAAUGCUGUGGCGGCUGCCUCGUCAUCACCCUCUCCUGUAAAUCCCAACAAGGCUAAAAUCCAAAUGGAAUCCCCCAAUAACCACCUGAUUAACAGCAACGGGAGCAGCGCCGCUAAUAAUAUAUUGCCUACAGGUCUUGUGGCCAGUUUCAGUAACCUUCAGAGUCAGGAGAUGCAAAACCAGGAGCAGACCCAAGGGGGAUCAUCGUCGCCCUCUCUGCCUGGUUUUGGCACCCCUUGGUCAGUGCAGACGAGCUCUCCACCACCCCCAGUCACCAACUCAACCAACCCAAACCAUGCCAGCCCCAUGAAUCAGAUCUCCAACGCUGAGACUGACAGCAGUUUUUACCCCGGGAUCCCCUCCACCAUAAAUCCUGCCUUUUUCCAGAGUUUUUCACCAGUGUCUGCUAAUUCCUGUGCAGGCAUUAACGUCCCAGGCUUCAACAGUCCUUUCUCUCCUCAGAUUAAUUUACCUCAACAGCAACAGAAUAGGAGAUCUCCAGUAAGCCCCCAAUUGCAUCAACACCAGGCCGCUUUCCUCCAGCAGAGAAACAGCUAUAACCAUCAUCAGCCUAUUAUGAAGCAGUCCCCUUGGAGCAGCCAUCAGGGCAGUGGCUGGAGCUCAGGAGGCAUGUCUUGGGGAGGGAUGCACGGUAGAGACCACCGCAGACCUGGAGGGAUGGGAAUCCCAGGCACCAUGAACCAGAUCUCCCCCAUGAAGAAGCCUUUCUCCAGCAACGUCAUCGCGCCACCCAAGUUCCCCCGCUCUGCAGCCUCGCUGACACCAAAAUCCUGGAUUGAAGACAACGUUUUCCGCACAGACAGCAACAGCACCACUCUGCUGCCACUGCAGGAUCGCCCUAGAAUGUACGACAGCUUGAACAUGCACUCCCUGGAAAACUCUCUUAUUGAUAUAAUGAGAGCAGAACAUGAUCCAUUGAAGGGCCGAAUGGGAUACCCAUAUCCUGGGACUGACAAUCUCCUUAUGCUGAAUGCAGCAAGGAGUUAUGGGAGAAGACGAGGGCGCUCCUCUCUGUUUCCCAUAGACGAUGGCCUGCUGGAUGAUGGGCACAGUAAUCAUGUGGUCCCUGGGGUUCUGAAUUCCCCCAGCUGCUACCCCCACCAGAACGGCGAGCGCAUCGAGCGCUUCUCAAGGAAGGUGUUUGUUGGUGGCCUGCCUCCGGACAUUGAUGAAGAUGAAAUAACUACAAGCUUCCGACGCUUUGGACAUCUGGUCGUGGACUGGCCUCAUAAAGCUGAAAGCAAAUCCUACUUUCCACCAAAAGGUUACGCCUUCCUGCUGUUCCAGGAGGAGAGCUCGGUUCAGGCUUUAAUUGAAGCUUGCAUUGAGGAAGAUGGAAAACUCUAUCUCUGUGUUUCCAGCCCAACAAUCAAGGACAAACCAGUCCAGAUCCGCCCAUGGAAUCUCAGUGACAGUGACUUUGUAAUGGAUGGUUCACAGCCACUGGACCCUCGUAAAACCAUCUUUGUUGGCGGAGUUCCUCGUCCCCUCAGAGCAGUGGAAUUAGCUAUGAUAAUGGAUCGUCUCUACGGUGGAGUUUGCUAUGCAGGAAUCGAUACAGACCCAGAGCUGAAGUAUCCCAAAGGUGCCGGGCGCGUUGCCUUUUCUAAUCAGCAGAGUUACAUUGCCGCCAUUAGCGCCCGCUUUGUUCAGCUGCAGCACGGAGAUAUUGACAAGCGGGUGGAGGUGAAGCCAUAUGUCCUGGAUGAUCAGAUGUGUGAUGAGUGCCAGGGAGCCCGCUGUGGUGGGAAGUUUGCUCCUUUCUUCUGUGCCAACGUCACUUGCCUGCAGUAUUAUUGUGAGUUUUGCUGGGCGAACAUCCACUCUCGUGCAGGGCGUGAGUUUCACAAGCCGCUAGUCAAAGAAGGGGCUGAUCGUCCGCGGCAGAUUCACUUCCGCUGGAACUGAAGGGCAGUGUAGAAGAUCCGCAAGAUGUCCCAAGAGUGCAUGUGGCUUCCUAUUUAUGAAGAUUGAGGGAGAAAUAAGUGCAUUCUUCUGCCUCUUUCCCUAAGCUAUCAAUACAGUACAUAUAUCUUUUGUAGCAGCCAAAACACUACAAGCCUCAGUUUUUCACCAAAACCCCACAUCUCAGGCUUUACUAACUUUUUUGUGGUACUUUCAUGUUUUUUAAAAGAAAAAAAAAAUAAUUUUUUGUAGUUUUUUCAAAUUAUUUUUAUAUGUAAAAUUUAAACUAGAUAUAAGAAUGUUUUUGCAUGGGGGCCCAUAAUCUGCUGCUAUCUCCAGUGGGUGAAGCGUGCACUUAUUUCUGGGUUAACUCUAAGGCCUGCCGCAGUGAUUUUACCAAAGGUAGCAAAAAUGAUAGGAGGCAAAGUGAAACAUUUCCGCCACAACACACAUUUUAUUUUUUAUUCUUGCUCUUUGCUGUGUAUUCUUAAUGAAAAAAACAAACAAACAAUAGGGUUACUUUUUGCUCUCCAUUUUGACUUGCAAAAAAGAAUACCUCAUUAUAAUAAUUGGUUUGGUACUCACUAUUUUAAGCAUUUUUAAUCACAAGCUGUAUUAGAAGCUUUGCUGCUAUAUAUUGGUGUUAUGUGUAAUGCCAUCUAUUAAUACAGGAUUGAGAAAUAAAAUAGAUAAACUAUAUUGCAAACUAAAAUGCAGGUGGCACAUGUGGCCUAAACUGCUAUGAAGUUAGAAUGUGAAAACAGAACUGCAUGCUUAUUGAUUGAUAUACACCGUAUGCAUGCAAUUUAAACACUAAUGGUAAAUAUGGGGGGGGGGGGGUAUUGAAAGCGUAUUCAGUUCAAUU